GUAAAGGGGCGGAGCUCCGACGAGCCGGUAGUCAAUUGUCCGGUGCCAUUUCCUGUAAAUUUGUGAUCUCAUCACUGACUCAAUCUAAGAGCCACCCCUACUAACUCCGCCUUUAAGCGUGUUCGCGCGGUGCACACUGGAAUACCGAGUCCAAGUUGGCUUCCUGUGCCCAAGCGAGAAGGAGUUGGAACUACAAUUCCUAUAAGACACUGCGGCUAAGUCUUCUGACUCCUGAGUAAAAGGAAAUCUGAUUGGAUCCUGAGCCGGCGACACGUGGGUCCGAGUGUGAGACGGAGAGACGAGCGGGGAAGGUGAGCUUUGAGGCUGCGGUGAAACGAGUCGCUGAGAAGGAGAAAUAUCUGACAGGACAACAUGCCCUCGGAUCUGGCCAAGAAGAAAGCGGCGAAGAAGAAGGAGGCGGCUAAAGCUCGUCUGAGACCCAAGAAAGACAAUGAGGACACCGCCCCCGAGGAACCGGAGCAGCAGUCGACCAAUGGCUCCUCUGUCACUGAGGUGGAUGAAGUGACGAAGCAGAUGGAGGAGUUUGAGCUGAGGAAGGCUGAAGCCCGUGCUGUUACUGGAGUCCUGGCGUCUCACCCAAACAGUACGGACGUUCAUAUCAUUAACAUGUCGCUGACCUUCCAUGGGCAGGAGCUGCUGAGCGACACCACCAUCGAGCUGAACUCUGGCAGGAGAUACGGUCUGAUUGGUCUCAAUGGCACCGGGAAGUCCAUGCUGCUGUCGGCAGUGGGGGGGCGGGAGGUGCCAAUCCCGGAUCACAUCGAUAUUUAUCACCUGACCCGGGAGAUGCCCCCCAGUGAUAAGAGCGCCCUGCAGUGCGUCAUGGAGGUGGAUACGGAGAGGAACAUGCUGGAGAAGGAGGCAGAGAGACUGGCGCAUGAGGAUGCGGAAUGUGAGAAGCUGAUGGAGUUGUAUGAGCGGCUGGAGGAGUUGGACGCAGCAAAGGCAGAGGUUCGGGCGUCACGGAUCCUACACGGACUGGGAUUCACGCCCGCCAUGCAGCGCAAAAAGCUGAAGGAUUUCAGUGGGGGCUGGAGGAUGCGUGUGGCCCUUGCCAGAGCUCUAUUCAUUCGCCCAUUCAUGCUGCUCCUGGAUGAACCAACCAAUCACCUUGACCUGGAAGCCUGUGUGUGGCUGGAGGAGGAGCUAAAAUCCUUCCGGCGGAUCCUGGUCCUGAUCUCUCACUCGCAGGAUUUCCUCAAUGGCGUCUGCACCAACAUCAUUCACCUGCACAACCGCAAGCUCAAGUACUACACGGGUAAUUAUGAUCAGUAUGUGAAGACUCGCCUGGAGCUGGAGGAGAAUCAGAUGAAGAGGUUCAAUUGGGAGCAGGACCAGAUUGCGCACAUGAAGAAUUACAUUGCUCGGUUUGGGCACGGCAGCGCCAAGUUGGCCCGUCAGGCGCAAAGUAAAGAGAAAACGUUGCAGAAAAUGAUGUCGUCCGGCCUAACCGAGCGAGUGGUCUCUGACAAGACUUUGUCCUUCUGUUUCCCGUCCUGUGGGAAGAUUCCGCCUCCGGUCAUUAUGGUGCAGCACGUCAGCUUCCGCUACUCCCCCGAGGGGCCUCUGAUCUACAAGAACCUGGAGUUUGGGAUUGAUCUUGACACGCGAGUGGCCCUCGUGGGCCCUAAUGGAGCUGGGAAAUCCACUCUGCUCAAGCUUCUGGCUGGGGAGUUACUGCCGUCAGACGGAAUGAUCCGGAAGAAUUCUCAUGUAAAGAUUGGUCGCUAUCAUCAGCACCUGACGGAGCAGCUGGAGCUGGAACUGUCGCCCCUGGAAUACAUGAUGAAGUGUUACCCCGAUAUCAAGGAGAAGGAGGAGAUGAGGAAGAUCAUUGGAAGAUACGGGCUGACCGGGAAACAACAGGUCAGUCCAAUCCGUAACCUGUCUGAUGGGCAGAAGUGCCGUGUGUGCUUUGCAUGGCUUGCCUGGCAGAACCCCCACAUGCUCUUCUUGGAUGAACCCACAAAUCACUUGGACAUUGAGACUAUUGAUGCCCUGGCAGACGCCAUCAAUGAAUUCGAGGGGGGGAUGAUGCUCGUUAGCCACGACUUCCGGCUCAUCCAGCAGGUUGCCCAGGAGAUUUGGGUCUGUGAGAAACAGGCAGUGACUAAGUGGUCCGGGGGUAUCCUGUCCUACAAGCAGCACCUCAAAUCCCGGCUCGGAGAUGAUUAACCCAAGAGUAGGGGCAACUGAGAGACAAGGGACUUCCAAUGCAGGGGCAACUGAAGGCAAAGAUCUCCCAGCGCGGGGGCAACUAAGAACCAGUUUGGGGCUAAUUCCUCUUUGUAACCAACACAAAGGCAGUUCAUGUUCACACUUGGGCCCCUUGUUUAGGGCCAAAAGCUCAGUGCACCCAAAUUAUGGACCUCCCCUUUUACCCCUGGUGAUUCUGUGACUCAGGACUGUAACUGAUUAAAAGGAAUGGGCUGGCGCUAGGAAACGGGGGGAGACUCCCUGCUACUGUUUUCCUCAAGACACACUCACUCAGUCCUUUUCUUUUAUAAGCCAAUUAUUUAUCUGUAACUCACCCUGAGACAAUAAAGAAAAACCCUUCAAAGAA